GCUUCCCACCACCACAAAACACUCUGAAUUCUGUAACCCAAACCCAUGUUCUUCCUUCGUCCCCAUUCUCCAAUGCCGAUUCUCCAUCUCCAUGUUUAUCUUCAACUUCCCCCAUUCUGCUUCCAUUCGCUUCACCACAAAUCCCAUCCCCUUCCCUACUCCUCCACGCCGGUGUUCUUCAUCGCCUCCGCCUCCUCGACCUGCACUCCCCAGACACCGAUCCACUGCACAUUCCGAAAUCGGAGGAGUCGCGGUUCUCUGGUUUAAGCAUGACCUCCGAAUCGACGAUCACCCUGCUCUCCAUGCCGCCUCUCACUUUCCCGCUCUCCUCCCUCUUUACAUCUUCGAUUCCCGCAUACUUUCGCGGUUUUCCAAUGAAAUGCUUGAAUUUCUUCUUCUUGCUUUGGAAGCCCUCAGGCGGUCGCUGAGGGAUCGGGGUUUGGAUUUGCUGAUCAGGUUUGGGGAUGCGGAAUCUGUACUCCGGGAGCUUGUAAUCGAGGUAAAAGCUACCCAUAUCUUUGCUGAGGAAGAGGUAGAGCAUGAGUUAUGUGUGUUGAUGGAUAAUGUAUCUCAGGCCUUGGCAAAUCUGACUGAGAGUCCAAAUCUCACAAUUUCGAGGACGCCAUUUUACGAUGUUAAGAGCUUAGAGGCCUUACCUGCAUCGUACGACGAGUUUAGGAAGCUUCAACUUCCUGUAAGUCCUCCACUUUCUUCUCCAACGUUACCCUGCUCGAAACUGGAAUUGAACUGGGGUACUAUGCCCGCAUUUGAUGCCUUGAAGGAAUUUAUAAAUAGUAAUCAAUUGUACAAAUCAAGAGAAGAUUGGAAUUUGAUGAAGAAUACAGCAGCCGAAGCUAUUUUGCGGGCUAAAUUUUUUAAAGAAGGAAGUAAUGGAAACAGUCUGAGUUCGAGAAGUACCAGGUCAGAGAGAAUGUACAAAUCAAUUUUUUCCAUACAACGAGGAAUGGAUUUCCAGAGGGGAGGUGCGGAAGGUGUGUUGAAUGCUUUAUCUGCAUACAUAAGAUACAAUGAGGGAACGGCUCGAGAUGACUGGCAAAUACUACAUGAAAUGGUACGCAAUUCUGAAAGCCGAGAUGGAUCUUCAUUUAUUAAACUUUUUGGUCCUGCUAUUGAUCUGGGAAUAAUAUCUAGAAGGAGAGUGCAUUAUGAAGCGAUCAAAUAUGAAAAGGAAAGAAAUGCUGGGUUUCUGUCACCUUUUGGAUACUCUGCAGGCACUGUUGCUGCAGUAGUUGAUGCUGUUCUCUCCUCAGAGUGGUAUUGGCUUAUGGGUUUGAAGAGCAAAGGAAGGUGUACGGGAAGUCAUUCUAUUCGAAAUUGGAGAUGGAAUGGCUUUCUUGUUCAGUACACAGUUGUUGGAUGUGAAGGCCCUGCCAUUCUUCUUGUGCAUGGUUUUGGUGCUUUUUUGGAGCAUUUCCGUCACAACGUACAUGGCAUUGCUGAAGGUGGAAAUCAAGUUUGGGCUAUAACACUUUUGGGGUUUGGGCGUUCAGAAAAGCCAAACAUAGUGUAUACCGAACUAUUGUGGGCCGAAUUUCUUAGAGAUUUUAUCAUCGAAGUUGUGGGUAGACCAGUACAUCUUGUUGGGAAUUCAAUUGGUGGUUACAUUGUCGCUAUCGUCUCCUGUCUUUGGCCUUCCUUAGUCAAAUCCAUUGUCCUCAUCAAUAGUGCUGGCAGUGUAAUUCCUGGAUAUUCUUUUUUGCCCUUCAAUAAGGAGAGACAGGUUUCUGUUGCUGCACGGUUGGGCGCUAGACUCCUUUUAUUUUACUUAAGACUGAAAACAAAGGACAUAGUGAGGAAUUGCUAUCCUACUAGAACAGAGCGAUCUGAUAACUGGCUUAUCAGUGAGAUGCUAAGAGCUUCCAAAGAUCCUGGCGGCCUGGUGGUUCUAGAAAGUAUUUUCAGCUUUGAUCUUUCAGUUCCCCUCAAUUAUUUGUUGGAAGGGUUCGAGGAAAGGGUUCUUAUCAUCCAGGGAAUGAAAGAUCCUAUCUACAACUCCAAGUCUAUGUUGGGCAUGCUUAAAGAGCACUGUGGUGGAGUUAUAAUCAAGGAAUUGGAUGCUGGGCAUUGCCCACAUGAUGAGCUGCCAGAAGAAGUGAAUUCUAUCCUCUGUGAAUGGAUGGUGAGAGUGGAAAGUAAAGCGAAGGCUGGUACUAUUUUGUAAUCUUACCCCUGUUAGAGAAUGUGCACAGCAGAGGACGUGGUUCCAUUAAAGAAUUUUCAACACCAGCACCAACAAUACGACGCCGUUCUUCUUAGUGGAUUCUGCACACAAUGCGACGUCGUUUGUACUCCUAUUUAUUCAGUUUUCUCAGGUUAAUAGAACGUCGCCGUUUUGGUGGUCCUCCACCCCUUUGUAAACCAUUUCUGUUGUUUUUUCUUGUAAACCAUUUCUGUUGUUUUUUGGGUACAACAAUUUGGUGACAGGGAGAUUGAACCUUCGACUUCGAGGAAAUAAAUACAUGUCAAUUACCGCAGUUA